AGGCUUUAUCACGAAGGCGGCGGCCCAGCCGGCAUCUUAGGCUCCCUGGUCGGUUCCCGAGGCUUUUGAGUCGCGAUUGACACCACAACGCUCACGCCAUGGCUUGGAUCCCGACUGCGGCACCACCUCUAGAGAGACGUGGGUCCUCGGAGCCUGUUUAGUACCGGAGCACGGGCUGUAGGCAGCUCCGCGGCGGCAAAGCAGAACCUCUGGAAUGGAUGGACUCUUCCCCAGAACUUAGCUCACGUGCAGCAGCUGGACCAUGUUCCUCACUAAUCUCUCUCUGGCAGCGUAAACAUCAUUUCACUCGGGUGGCAGGGACUCAGCUCUGAAAUCUAUAUAGAAAAAGUACCCGGAUCCAGUCUUUCAAUGGCUUCGAGACCAUCAGAAGUGCCUGCUCUUGAGCCUAGUGGGCCUCUAGGCAAGAUGUCCCUGCCCAUCGGGAUGAGCCGCCGGGCAUUCAGCUAUGAUGAUGCCCUGGAGGACCCUACGCCCAUGACUCCUCCUCCAUCGGACAUGGGCAGCCUCCCCUGGAAGCCAGUGAUUCCAGAGCGCAAGUACCAGCACCUCGCCAAGGUGGAGGAAGGAGAAGCCAGUGUCUCCUCCCCUGCCAUGACCCUGUCAUCGGCCACUGACAAUAUGGACAAGGUCCCAGUGGUGAAGGCUAAAGCCACCCGUGUCAUCAUGAGUUCUCUGAUCACAAAACAGACCCAGGAGAACAUUCAGCGUUUUGAGCAACAGGCAGGGCUGAGAGAUGCUGGCUACACACCUCACAAGGGCCUUACCACCGAGGAGACCAAGUACCUUCGAGUGGCAGAAGCACUCCACACACUAAAACUACAGAGUGGAGAGAUAACGAGGGAAGAGAAGCAGCCGGCCUCCGCCCAGUCCACCCCCAGCAGCACCCCCCACUCUUCCCCUAGGCAGAAGCCGAGAGGCUGGUUCUCUUCGGGCUCUUCCACAGCCUUACCUGGCCCACAUUUUAGCACCAUGGAUUCUGGGGAUAAAGACAGAAACUCGGCAGAUAAAUGGAGCUUCUUUGGACCAAGAUCCCUCCAGAAGUCUGAUUCGGGAGGCUUUGCCACCCAGCCCUACAGAGGCGCCCAGAAGCCUUCUCCAAUGGAACUGAUGCGCAUGCAGGCCUCGCGGAUGGCCGACGAUCCAGCCACCUUCAAGCCGCCCAAGAUGGACCUCCCAGUGAUGGAAGGGAAGAAACAACCGCCUCGGACCCAUAAUCUCAAACCCCGGGACUUGAAUGUGCUCACACCCACCGGCUUCUAGAGCUUUCUCUUCCAUUGACUGAAUCGAGGUGUCUUGCACCCACUUCCUUAUUACCCUGGCUCUGACAUAGGAAUGGUUUUGUUUUUGGUUUUUUUUUGUUUUUUUAAACCUUAACCUGGGGCUAGAACUGGAGACAUUACUGGUUUUUGAGAAACAUUAGUGCAAAGCUUGUCCUGUGUGGAAGAAGCCAUUGUGCAUUGCUUUAAUUUGAAGUUAGACUGAAUACUCUCAGCAGUGACGUAUGGAGGCCUGAUCACCUGUUUUUGCAUUAUUUAGCCUAGACAAGAACUUGAUCAUUGCUUACGAGGUAGAUAAUGCUUAUGUUGUUCCCAAACCAAGACUUCUUGAUUCCUUUAAAGACCAGGGUCAGCGAGGGCAUGGGUAAGUCAGGGAGUAGAGGUGCUGUCUAGUCUCUGGCCCUCUUGGCGGCUGGUGCUGUGUGCUCCAUCCUUGUGGCUGCGGGGACCUACGAUCCGUUUGAGAUCUGGGCACGAAGAAGAGCCAGACUUGGCAGGGACCCUUCUCCUGCGUGGAGACCGGAGCCCUCGCUCUAGCUUUAGGGCAGAGCCGGCUGCUACUGUGGUGCCUCCAGGGCAGUUCUGCUGGGCAGCGCUUCUCUUCACCUGUCAGCAAACACAAGUCUUGCAUAUCCUCUGCUGCACUUUAAAGUGAGAUUAAGUUAACUCCAAUUUGGUAGGAAAGUUUCUAAGGGAGAAAAUGCAGCCUACUGCUUUGGUGUAGAUUAAUGGAUGUUAAGGUUUUUUAAAAUAAAGAUGGUGGUAACUAUACGUAGAUUCUAGUCCAGACGUUCAUGUGAAACAAGUGUCACCAGGACCUGAAACUCUUUCUAAGAGCCACAUAGAAGGAUGAAAAAAGGUUCUACAUGCAACCGUUGUCCCCAAACGAGCCUCGGACCUGUGUAAGCACAGAGCGUGCUGGGGACAGGAGCCAGGGAAAGCACCUGCUCAUCCUCCACCGCGGCCGUGGGCGGUCCUUGUCCUGAACUGUCUCAGACUCUGCUGUUCUUGCUUUGGAGGGGUCGUGUCUACAUAGGGAGCUGGGCUGAGCCUUCCCCAGAGAGGCCCUGCAUCUCAAAGGAUGAAAACAAUUAAUUUAUUUGUGUCUUCUGUUAAGCUCGUAUCUCUUACUUGUUUUGACAAUAAAAUUCCUUACUACUUUCUCAAA